UAGUGAGGCAAAGAAAGACAGAGAGAGAGGAGGAGGAGGAGGAUAAGGGAGGGAGGCUUGCAGAAAGAGUGAAAAGGGAAAAGCAAGAUUGAAUGAAGCGGGCGGAGAGAAGCAAGGCAGAGAGUAGCGCGUAGAGGGUUGGAACGACAAGAAGACACAGACACGAGAGGACGAGAGAAGAUUCACACGCGAGAAGAUUGAGACAGUGCGCGCGACUGGCACAAUCUCGUCCGCUAACUUAUGUGCAAAGUGCAGAGAUACAUCAAAGGCUCGCUCAGUAUGACUGGGUUAGCGCAAUAGCCGUCAGACCUGUGUUCCAGGACUGAUCAUUACGCACGACACUUUAUAGUUAAAUUGACACUUCGUAUUAUUAUUAUUCAUCCUUCUGAAUUCAACCAUCAAGUACAUUUCGUUGGUUCUUUCCUCGCUAAACUAACCAGGGGGAGGUGGUGGUGGUGGUGGUGGUGGAAAGUCGCCAGCGUCUCUCUUCAAAAGGAAACGGGCAUCAACAACAACACCACAAAACGAACCCAGGCAGUGGCCAUGCGCACAGCCGAGGGAAUGACGCUCUUCGUCUGCCUCCUCGUCGCCGUGACCCCGGCACGCACCGCAAAUCGUUACGGCCGCUACAGCCGCUAUCCCAGGCGCGGCCCCACUGUGCUCCCCGCGGGCAGAGGCGGCGACGGCGCUACCCGGGUGGGAGUCAAGACGCUCUACUUCAGCGGGCAGAGGGAGCAGCUGAAACUCAAGGGCGGCACGCCGCUGAUCUUGCGGACGCAAGCUGCUUUCACCGUCGAGAUGUGGAUUCGGCCCGAGGGAGGGCAGCACUCGCCGGCAAUAAUCGCAGGGAUGUUUGACGAGUGUUCGUACGUGUCCACCGACAAGGGCUGGGCCCUCGGCCUGGCCCCGUGGGACGAGUCCCACGCUGACAGCGGCGGCAGCGGUGGCAUCGGCCCCUCUCGCAUCUUCUUCAGCCUCCGCACCGACCGCGCCCGCUCAUCCUCCACGGUGUUCGCCCGCACGCGCUACGAGCCCGCCGUCUGGACGCACGUGGCCGCCACGUACGACGGGCGGGCCAUGUCGCUGUACGUCGACGGCGCCCGGGUGGCGCGCGGGCUGGUGCAGCGUGGGCCGCUCUUCUCGCCCCGCGCCGUCGGCUGCAAGGCGCUCAUCCUCGGCGGCCACGGCUCGGACCCCCUGGGCGGCUACCGCGGUUACGUGGCCGCGCCGCGCCUGUGGAGCGUCGCUCGGACGCACGGCGAGAUCCGCGCCGGCGUCCCGCUCAGCUUGUGCGGGGCGGACCCGCCGGGACUGGUGGUGGGCGAGAGCGUCGUGGAGGAGCUGCGCCAGCGCUGGAAGCCCGUGGCGAAGGACGGCCGCUUCCCGCGGCGGGAGGAGGCCGACGACCCCGGCGUGACCCCGAGCGACGGGCCGGUGCUCUUCGCGCCCACGUGCGGGCAGACGGUGUGCGACGACGUGGGGGUGAUCGGCAGCUACAACCGGCACUGGUGGCUGCGGCGCGGCAAGGUGGUGCGCUACAGGGUGAUCAACGUGCACGAGGAUGACCGGUCGAAUCCCACGGUGACGGAGGAGCAGAUUCAGCUGCAGCACCGGGAGCUGAACGCCGCGUUCCAGCCCUACAACAUCACCUGGGAGCUGACGGUCAAGGACGUGGCCGACUCGUGGCUGCGGCGGCGGGUCGUGCUGGCGAACUGCGAGGCAAGCAAGAUCGGCAACGGGGCGUGCGAAGUCGAGUGCAACCACACGCUCACGGGCUACGACGGCGGCGAGUGCCUGACGCAGCGGCCGCCCGCUUGCCGCUGGGGCGCCUCCAACGGGCGCUGCAACCCCGAGUGCAACACCGAAAAUUACCGCUACGACAACGGCGACUGCUGCGACCCGGCCAUCACCGACGUUGCGCGGACGUGCUUCGACCCCGACUCGCCGCACAGGGCCUACCUCAGCGUUCAAGACCUCAAGGAGACCCUGAGGCUGGACGGAGCGACGCACCUCAACGUCUACUUCCCCACGUCGCUGGGAGACGUGCUGGCGGGGGUCGCCAUGUGGCCCUGGGAGAAGGAUGCCCUCACGCAUCUGGGCGGCAUGGCGCUCAACCCGACGUACUACGGCAAGCCGGGCCACACGCACACCAUGAUCCACGAGAUCGGCCACGCGCUCGGCCUGUAUCACGUCUUCCGCGGCGUGUCGGAGGUGGAGCACUGCGGGGACCCGUGCCUCGAGGUCGAGCCGUCGUUCGAGACCGGCGACCUCUGCGAGGACACGGCGCCCGUGCCGCGCCACAAGGGCUGCGGGGACGCCGAGGUCGACAGCAAGGACAUGUGCGGAGCGAGGCGCUUCUACGACGCCCCCUUCCACAACUACAUGAGCUACGCCGACGACGACUGCACCAGCUCGUUCACGCCGAACCAGGUGGCGCGCAUGCACUGCUACCUGGACAUGGUGUACGAGACUUGGAGGGAAGAGGCCGGUCCCACGCCCGUGCCGCUGGCGCCGCGGGUUCACCAACAGGGCCCAGACUUCCUCAGCCUGCGCUGGAUGCCCCCCAUCAGUGGACAGGUUUUUGAAAGGGAGCCAGGUGUUCCGUGCGAGGAGUGCGGGGAGGACGGCGAGCUGGUGCAGUACGCGUGCAACGCCUCGUCGCCGCGACCCUGCGACCCCUCGGGGCACUGGAGCCCGCGGCAGGCCGAAGGCCCGCCCGACGUGGAGACGCCCUGCGACGCGAGCCUGCGUACCUGGAGCCCCGAGCUGAGCGUCCCGGGGGGCACCUUGUCCGUGCCGUGCCCCUUGCCGCCCAGCGGCUGCGCCCUCAAGCUCUCCUUCUGCCGCCCGACCCCCGCCACCUCCGUCACGCUCUGGGUCACCUACGUGAGCGCGCGCAGCGGCCACACCGUCCACGACCUCGUGCUGCUGCUCGCCAACGGCACCGCCGUCUCGCUGGGGCCGCACAAGGUGUCCUGCGACGUUCCGCUCACGGUUCGCGUGCCGCCGAUGGCCGUUGGCGGCGCCGAGGAGCCCGCGAUCGCCGGGCUGAGGCUGCACACGUUCGACGAGAAGCUGGAGGUGGACGCGGCGGCGCUGAGCUCGGGGCCCCGGAGCGAGCUGUGCCGCCGGUGCCGCCCGCUGCGGUACGAGGUGGCGCGCGAGCCGCCGUUCAGGGGGCGGUGGCCGUCGAUGGUCUCAGACCUGCACCGCGAGUUUGUGGACAGGGACGUGGAGGAGGGAGCUGUCUACGCCUACCAAGUUCGCGUUCUCUCCGGUUCGGGCUUCUCCGAGUUUUCACCUCCGCUCGUUCAUCGGCACGGCGCGGCCUUCUGCGGUGACCGGUCCGAUGGAGAGGAAUGCGACGAUGGCGGGGUCCGUGACGGCGACGGCUGCUCUGCGUUCUGUCGCCUGGAGAAGGACUUCAACUGCGUGGGCUCGCCGAACGUGUGCUACGCGUACGCCGGCGACGGGCUCUGCGAAGAAUUCGAGAAGGAGGGCAGCGGGCUGGACUGUGGCAUAUUCACGCCUCUGGGUCACGUGGAUCAGUGGGCGUCCCAGGCCACGGCCUCCCACCAGGACAGCCUCCACUGCCCAGCCAGCGUCCUCGUGGGCCCUCCGGCCCUGUCGAAGGGCUGCCGGAGCAAGUUCGUGGUGCUGCCGGAGGACAUGUCGAGCUACGCGUGGUUCCCGUGCUUGCAGGCCGCCGACCCCGACACGUACCCCUCCGACAACCCCUACUGGAUAUGGGUGCACUUCCCCUACCCUCGGAUCGCCACGGCGGUGGUGAUUUACUUUUCUGCCGAUGGCAUCGGCAGAUCCCUGGCCAACCGGAGCCAGAAAUACGUGCACGUGUCACUCAUCGAAGACGAUGGCACGAGUUACUCCCUAGGGAGCUACCCCGUCAGCUGCAGCUUCAACCCCUUGGUGAUUCCGGUGACCUCGCCUGACCCCCCGGCACCCCAGGUCCUGACUCGGGGUGUGCAGGUCAGCAUGGGGUCACCGGAGGUCGCCAUCUCUGGGGUGGCGCUGCGAUCAGCCAGUCAGGGGGGUCGCCCGCACUGCGAGGAGGAGGAGCCACGCGGAUCAAAAAGCUGCGAGAUGCCGGAGUCACCUUGCGCGCGGCCGCACGUGGAGAACGGCGCCGUGGUCUGCACCGGCGAUGCUCAAGAGGCCCUGGGCGGACGUGACGGCGGCGUGCAGACUGCGUGGGCCGAAGGUGCCGAGGAGCCCGAGGCCCGCGACUCCAGCGUGACGUGGCGGCAGGGGAUGACUCCAGGAAACCAGCGGUGCUCCGUCACCUGCAACCGCGGCUUCCAGCUGUACGCGCGCGGGGAGAAGGAGACCAACAUCAGCAAGGCGAGCCCGGCAGAGUCGGUGACCCUGGCGUGCGCCUCGGAGCGCUGGAGCGGGGAGGUUCUCUGCCGUCCCGUCGACUGCGGCCACCCGCACCCCUCGCUCGUCCCGCACGCCGCGUUCUCGUGCCCCCGGGGCACCGCGCGUGGACAGUCCUGCUCCUUCCAGUGCCGCCCACCCGCCCAGCAGAAGGGCACCAACACGGCGGUGGCGUGCCUGGCGGACGGCAUGUGGUCGCACCCGGAAGCGUCGUGCGAGCUGGUGUGCCUGCCGCCGCCGGCGCUGCCGAACGCCGAGCUGCGCACGUCGCAGUGCGCCAACGGCACCCACAAGCUCGACUCCGUGUGCAAGUUCCGCUGCCGGCCCGGAUACCGUAUCGCUGGCGGAAAGGGCAAGAGGCAAAACUUUCAGGUGCGCUGCACGGAGGAUGGCCGGUGGGAGGAGGGAGGCUGCGUCCCGGUGCUCUGCAAGCCUCCGCCGACCAUUCUCCACGGACUCUACCAAUGCACACGGGGGUUCGAGGCUGGCAGCCGCUGCUCCAUCACCUGCAAGGGAAAGGACAAGGCGAGUUCCAGCUCCCAGCGGUGCACAAAAAACGGCGUUUGGAAGGGACAACUCCGCCAGUGCCCAAACCUCAACGGGGAAUGCUCCCCCCCCGAGUCAAGUGGCACAGUCCUCUUCAUGUGCGACCAGGGCCACAAAAUAGGUGCUCAGUGCAACCCGAGCUGCAACAAACCGAUGCACGAUCCCGUGGUGCUUCCCGUGAACACGUCGGCGGAGAAGCUGCCCUACUGGGUCAGCGUGCCUCGAAUCCAGCACAUCAUCUGCACAGCCGUGAAAAAGUGGUACCCAGACCCAUCGACCAUGAAUUGCAUCAAGUCUUGCGAGGAUACCUUUAAAGGGGAUGGCUGGUGUGAUCCUCAUAAUAACCGGGCCUACUGCCAGUACGACCGCGGAGACUGCUGUGCCUCUACUGCCAAUGCCAAAGAGGAUUUGCACUCCAACCCUCUGCACCUACCAGUUCGCACACAGGUGAUCCCAUUCGGACAGCCAUGUGACUUCCAAGGCGAGUGCGCUUGCCGGGAUCCGGAGGCGAGGGAGAACCGGCAUCGGAUAGGAGACCUCCGCUUGCCACCGCAUCUUUAGAGGUCGCCAACGUACAACAAAAAAACCCGCCGCGAAAUGACACGGGAUAUUCCGCAGGAAGCGAUAACAAUUCAAGUAACAUUAAUGGUGUCAUAAAAAACCCCCAAAAACAACUUUAAAAUUAUACGGUCAUGCUCAACAAAGAUGUUUCGACACAAAUUCGGCGCCUUCAUCGUAAGGCCCGGCUGCAGCCGAUCAGUGUCCGCCGCGAGAGGAAAUUGCUAAUUUCUUCGUGCGGAGUGUGUGUGUGUGUGCGCACGUGUACAUGCGUGCGUGUACGCGUUGCGCACUUAUCUCAGUUGAGGGCGUUUUUACGAAUUCCUGGCAAGGCGAGUUACUGUAGUCGGCAAAUUAAAAGGAGCCUUAGAACCCCUCCGAUUGCUGCUGCCAUUCUACACGCAGCUACCAAUUUGGCACUGGAGCAACGCAUUGCGGAGCUAGCUCUAAGUCGCUGCAGCGUGGCAAUCAUCGGCUCUCGGAAGAGUUUUCGAUUCACUUACGGCGGCGGUAAUGAGUGAGCAACUGAAAAAAUAUGACCCAUGACGGAAUAUCGAAACGCGACGAACGAGCGAGGUCAAUGAACGUGUCGAGAGAUUCUCUCGAACAAUCUGUCGCAUUCCAAACCUUAUUAAUCGGUCCUCUUUUAUUAAAUUAAUUCAAGAACCCCAACAAAAACACAGAGGUGACGAAGAUGAGCGCUCACUUAAUUACAAUUACUUCCGCCCGGGUAUCAGUCGCCAACAGUGGAGAGUACGAAACGUCGCUUUAGUCGGGUGCGCGCGAAGGAUAAACCGACUGAAGUUGUUAUCGAUCGUUUGCUCCAAGGGGCGAUCCAGCCCUCGGUGGGACGUUAAACAUCGAGAAAAUGAAGUUACGAUCGCUCAUUGGGUUUGCAAACUCAUCGCCGAGCACCACGAAGGCAUUUUGGAAACUACUUUACUGACCUCUGAAUUUCCUCCACUUUCUGAUUUUGCACUGUUGUCACCCAGUGAAAAUGCAUGCAAGCAAGAGCGUGUUAUUGCUAUAACGAUACGUACGUUGAACUAUUUAAACGACGCGGUUUUUAAUUUUACAUGUUAAUUUAUGUUACGUUACGUUAGAUCUUCGGCAAGAUUUAUAGCUUCCCCCUCUCCCUCCUCACAUCUGUCGACCCGGCAGUAGAGAUGGGGUACAGCACAGCGAGUCGAUAGGCAGGUCACGUGCCGUGGGGUAAAGUGUGGCUACUCUCGCGCUCUUAAAAUACGUCCGGAUAGUGUGGAAGAGUAGGCCAAGCACCCUCGAGGGGCUCUCAAGCGACUCCCCUCAAGCGGAGGCCCUUCCGCCAGCGGUGGUGUGAGCGAGUAAUUGCAGGGCUGCCACCUUUUACCUGACAUGUUGUGGGGGUUAAAAGUGCAGCAUUUAACGUAAGGCGCUGUGGUGUGCUGCACUGAACCGUGAUGGGAGGGGAUAGGGCACGAGUGGAAAAUGUGUGGAUUUUUGUUUACGACUAAUCGGAACUCCAAAAAUUAUAUCAAGGUGUAGAUGCAAAAUAACAAGAGAGGCAUAAAAAAACAGAUCACUUAUUACAUUCGCGUUUUAUCGUCUGAAACUAUUUUGGCAAAGGGCACCCGCCAAACGUAUUAACUCACCAAAGAAGUGUGUACUUUGAAAAUAAUACCUAUGGUAUAUUAAAUGUACAAUGUCUGAAACUGAUUUAUUAUAAAUCGUCCCUUAUGGAAAACCCAGGGUGCAAGCAUGAGCGCAGUGAUUAAUGCCCAAUGCUGUGAACCCAGAAGGACCGAGUUAAAUUCCCAGCAAGGGCUAACAUCAGUGGCGAGUGAUAUCACCCUGGUUCAGCAAAUCCGCACUGACCAGCGUGGUGAAGUAUGGUCAAACAACCCCCCAAAAAGACGACGCAGCUUUGCCUAGUCCGUCCAGCGGUGAAUUGACUUAGGCGCUGAAAACGAUUAUUAAAUUAUUACUCACAUUAUGGAAAAUUCACAAACCGCUGGGUACGCCAUGAGCACAGACUAACUUGGGGUUUCACGUACCAUCGCGGGCAAUUGACAGUUCACUGCAAGAAAGUGAUGCAUUGAAGAAACGUGUAAACUAAAGGAAACAAGUAACACAGUCCAGCCGGAUUGCCAUGACUACCCAACAACGUAUGGCCGGAGGCCACACAGCGGAGUAAUAUCUAUGGCUUUGAUCACGAGAGAAAAGUUGACCGAGAAGGGCAUGAGCUUUUCACCUCGUUGGCACCGUGACAUGCCCACUGGGCGUCAAAAGCAGUGGCCACCUCCGACUCUGGUUACACAAAGAAAAGAUCCCCCGUAUAGCCUUAACAGACUGCAGGGGCAAGUGCUGUAAGCGAGCACCUAUGAAGGCCGGAACGGUACACGAGGGGGUGGGUGGCCAGCACCACGCCCGACCGCCUUUGUCUCCCUAGUGGCAAUGUUUACACACCGCGCCAGGUACUCAUUUGAGGCUGAGUCGACCUAGGAGAGGCCUAGGACCGGUUCAGAUAAUCGCCACUGGUGUUGGCCGUGAACGGGAAUUGAACCCAGGUGGCCGGGUUCAUAGCGCAGCGCGCUAACCGCUACACCACCGCUCGACACACACACACACGUGCAUGCACACACAAAGAAAUCCUUUUAACCGUGGUUUAGAUGAGUUUGUGUCGAUAUCCCGUCAACUGCUACCAGUUUCCUUACGCAUACCACGACAUAUACGCGAAAGCAUCGGCACGCGCGCACAUGCGUGUGCAUUCUCAACAGACGAAUCAUUUUACGUGGGGUUUCAAACCUCCUUUGAGUCAUCAGCAGCACGGGUGCAGCUGUGCUCUUUUCGUCGGCCAAAAAACAAAAAAAAAGUUUCAAAAAUACCUCCGUACAUACGAAAUUUAUUUCUUUGCAAGGUGAUGACCUGAAAUGCAGUGGACGUUCACCACUAAUAUGGAAAACAUUACAUGCAUCUGCAUUCUAUAAGUUGGAUACAAAGACAAAGAGCCCCAGUAUAGCCUCAAUAUAUGUUUGGGGCAAGUGCUGUUAGCGAGUACCUAUCAAGACUGGCACGUCACACAAGGGGGUGGUUGGCCAGCACCACGCCAGGCCGUCUUUGUCUCCCCAGUGGCAAUGUUUUUACACACCGCACGAGGUACUCAUUUGAGGCUGAGUCGACCUAGGGGAGGCCCAGGACCUGUGUUGGUAGCCGUGAGCGGGAAUCGAACUUGGAUCGCCGGGUUCGUAGCGCAGCGUGCGAACCGCCACACACACUGUGGCUGCCCCCAAAUGGGCCAGCACUGCCACUGCACACCCGCAAAACCCCACGGAAUUCUCACGCAAAACUCCGGCACACUCGGGCACACUCGUGUACACUUGCGCGCACUCGCGCACGGACGGAUGGACGGACACACCGACCUGCACGGCUGUCUAAAUUGGCGUGGACAGGCGAAUGAACGCGCGUGCGUUUUAUUAUUUAGAUCGAUUAAAUGACGUUUCGUGAAGCUUUGCGGCGAGAAAGCUCCUCCGACUUGGUCUAAAAUCUUGAAGAAUUUGCGGUCUAAUAAUACGUUUGAACUGCUGAACUGGAAACGGAGCCGUCAAAUGCACACGCGGUUGUGCAUGGCGUUACACGCACACACAAAACUAAAGAGAGGCCGUUUAUGUUCCGUGGAAGCAAAGGAAUCAUUAUUUUUGCCAACUCUUAUGAAAGAUGCCAGUCAGAUGAAGUCCUGAUUUCUUAGUCUUUACCCACCGAACAGAAUAUUCCACUCUUUCUGAAACGUGUAUAGUCAAUUCACGAGUCGUAAGUAUUGAUACGUCCUACUUCACGUAUAUGUAAACUACAUCGAGAUGUGAAUAAUGUUACACUGGACUUGCACUCCAGAGGUUCGCCGGUUCCAUUCAUUCCAUGCCCCGUGUGCGGCCAUAGACACAACGGGGCAAGUUUAUUAAAUACCCCUCGUCUCUGUCCAGCCCGCGGUACAAACGGGUGCAACCACAGUUCGCUGAUCGUCAGGUUGUUGUGUGGUGGGCAAAAGUGUGGGUACUCCAAACCUGGCCUGCAUGGAAGAGUGGCACUAAAAACACCCUCCGAGAGGGGGCUAUUUAGAGUUAUCUCAAGCGAGAGGGCCCUUCUGCCAGCAGUGCCGCGUGCAAGCAAUUGCAGGGCUGCACCUUUAGCCACACAGCUAACAACCACAAGCAGAGUCCAUUAGUCUAAGCCAGUGCCAUCAUUUAAUAACACAUCCGUGCGAUGAAACCUUUCCUUACUUCUAAGCAAAGCUUACGGCUUGUCACUUUGGUACGAACUCCUUUCAUACGGCUGCAUGGUGUUAUCUAUAAGUGAGCUUGUGCCAGCAUUUUUUUGGUCAGUUUAUUCCCGCUCGCUCGUAAAUCGGAGCGAGCGAGGGCACGGUACAGAAUUAUAUAACGUUCCCAUCACAACAGACUGUUGUGGCAAGUGCUGUUAGCGAGCACUCUAUGAAGGCCGGCACGACACACAAGGUGGCCAGCACCACGCCCUGUCCACCUUUGUAUUCGUUUGAGACUGAGUCGACCUAGGCGAGGCUCAGGACGGGUUCAGAUGAUCGUCGCUGGUGUUGGCCGUGUUGGCCGUGAAUCAAACUCGGUUAGUCGGGUCCGUAGCGCAGUUCGCUAACCGCCGCACCAACGCUGCCCACUAACUUUGCCACCACCACCAUCACCACUCACAUGCCCACCGGUGUGUCAAACACUGCUAUUGUUCGGUGAGACAACCACACCCAUUUACAAAUGCUGCUGCUUCCGUAUCUCCUUCGAGCUGUAACUGUCGCACCCGUUCGUCACAUGGCUGCUAAAACACCAUCGUCUCGUUUACUACCUACUUUGCGCAAAUAGUAUACAAAAAUAUAUAUAUAAUAUUUAAACGUGCAGAAUUUAUUUACACAUUUUCAGUCGGAAAACAAAAGUUGCGUACGGUGGUAUUAUUUAUUUGAACAUGAAGAAAAGUUGCGUGUCCGUUUUCAUUGUCUGUUGUCGUUGUUGUUGUUGUUUCCCCAUCGUCGGCAUUGUCUUAUUUAUGAGUCUUACUGUAAGUAAAUUAUGUAAGUUACGAUCGCUGCUGAAUGAGGUUCCAUCACUCCGUGUUCAGUCCGUGGGUUCCGCUCACAGGACAUAUUUGCGCGCGUCGUUCUUCGUGGUGCAAAUAUCAUUCUCGAUUUGGCGGAAAAACAGGUGGUUUAGACGCCAAAAGGACAGCACGAAGUCACAGCAUGCUUUGCUUGUCAAGAUGACAUCGCCAUUUCUCGUAUACGGUCUGCAGCACAUGAUAGCCGCCGACUCAAACGAGCUGAUGGCAUGGACUUUUAAUCAUCUAUUUUCUGCAAAAGUAAUAACCACAGUGUAGGAAAAAAAAUCUGGCGACGCUGUUGCUGCUGCAUUGGCAGUGGUAAACAAGCACAAUCAACGAAAACACAUCGUCAACGCUGUGGCCUCAAAAUUUAAAAAUAAGCAUAUCAUGCGUGACGUCUUAGGCGAUGGCCCUGCCUAGCACGUAAAUAUAAAAGUAUUAUUUACGAUUGUGUUUUUUUGGCGUGUUCAAAAAAGUGUUUGCACAGUGUCAAUUCCUUAAAUAUAAUUGGCAGUGGCAAGGCGAUGGUGACUGUUGUCGGAGCAAUGAUUCUCCGCAACCCCGACGAUUCGACAAAUUGCCACGAUUGGAAUCUAUAAUGUUAUUGUUGAGCAUUGCCGUGAAUGUAUCGGCAUCGAGUGGCUGCAGGGAGAACGUGGAAUCAAUGCCUGUGUGUGACACACACACACUGAAAACCAUCGAUUCUUAUUCGCGAUAAUCAAGAAAAGUAUCACGAGCUUAAGAAUUUAUAUCAAUUCAUGAAUCAACGGGUGAUUUAUUUAUACCUCUGAUGGCUAUACUAUCCCGAUGAGUCCUCAUAACAGGGAGACCAGUAUAUCAUUUCCUUGUUCUGCUGCCACAUAAAAUUAAAUGCCACACUUUUAGCACCAUUGAGUUGGUGGGCCACCAGCAGCUGUUUGAGGAUGAUUUUCAGGAGAUAUGAUGUCAUCUUGAGAUUCAAAGCAUGCUGGGAUUUUCCGUCGUACCCUUUCUUUUCAAAAGCAUGUGCUUGCGUCCAUUAUCAUUUCUUUCCGUCGACGGAUUUUCUCAAAUAGCUACACAAAGAGUGAUCCGUCAAGUUUCCCGCCGCCUGUUUUACCGUAUUACUGUCAGAAUCAGACUCUUGAUAUAUUCUCCAUGAAAUACGAUGAGCAAUGAAGCUCUUUUUUUCACAGAUGCCCAGUACUAAGAAGCACUCACUCUCAAUUCCUUGUCAUCAAGUGUUCACGUCAUUGAUAAUGAUGUUACAUUAUAUUUUACAUUUUAGUGGCAUUGGCUUGAUAUUUCCUGUGAAUGCGGUCACUCGGGGCUCGCUGUGUGGUGUGGCUUUUAAAUCAAUGCAAUUUCAAACUUUUUGAAUACUUUGGAGGCAUGUUACUGUGGGUCCGUGGAGUCAUCGUAUAAUUUAUAUCAAUCAUUGUAUUUUCAUUACUGAGAACAAAGCGAUGAAAUAGUUAUUUAACUAAAGUAUCCUCAAAAGGGUAAACUAGAAUUACACGCGUUGUACGUUUGUGUUUGUUGCGUAUCUAUGAACUACCAAAUAAAUGGU